AUGGAAUUUGAUUAUCAUCGACUUGCGAUUGUAUUCGGGCCCAUUUUAAGUCAUGCCGCUUCGCUGAGUCUAGUUGACCUGUUUGAACAUUUCCGGAAAGCACCAGAAUCCAUGUCACCCGAUAUUGCAUCCUUGAUGUUCGUUGCUGCAACCAGUAUCAUUGUUGAAAAUUGGCUCGAAAAUUAUAUGCUCCGUCCAAGGAUUGAUUCAGCAAAGACCUUCGUCCUGGUUGUCUGUAAGAUAGUGUUGAAUAUUACGAUAUGUGAGCUUGCCCUGCGAUUAUUGUGGAUACCAACCCUUUAUUUGCUUCGGUAUUUGCGAGAUGAAAAAAUAUUGCUAUUGGAUAUGAAUCUACACAUCUGGAAUAAUCCGGUAUCGGAAAAGAUAGGAAUCGUGAAGUAUACCGCCACGUAG